AAAUUCAAAUCUAUUCUACAUUAAAAAACAAUAAAGGUACACUUUAAAUUUGAAAAUAACAGUCACUUUUGCUGCUGCAUGCUUGCGUCCUUUGCAGCCUCUUUGCAGCCUCUUUGCAGCCUUUCAUGUGCAUUUGCAUUUCAUGUGCAUUUCAUUUGCUGUUCAUUGGAGCCUCAUCUUCAUCAACAUUCGCAGCUUAGCUUGCUGCACAUUUUUGCUGUCAUUUGACAGCUUCAAUUUCACCACAUUUGCAGCUAAAUUGCUGCACUUUGCUGCUACCGUCCUAUUGGUGCAGCUCUCCCUUCUUCAUUUGCUGCCAUUUUGUGCAGCCCUUCAUUUUCACUUGCUGCUACUUGGCAGCUUGAACACCACAACUCCAACAUUUUCUUCAUUAAAUCAAAACUCACAGGGCAACAUGAUAGUUCUCCAAGCUUUAACCAUGGAUCGUCACCUUGGUUCUAGUUUCAAAAUCCCAGCUGGGACAGUAGCUGUUGUAGUGUUAAUCUCCACUUGCAUCUUCCUUGUCAUCUUUGAUCGUUUCCUUCUCCCUACCUGGCAGAAGUUAACUAAUCGGGUGCUGACACCCCUCCAACGGAUUGGCAUAGGCCAUGACCCUAAUUUCCAUCUGUAUUUCUUUGUCUGCCGAACAUUCAUUCUUGCAAAUACCUUCUAUCUUGCUAUUACUCCAAGCUUUGACUUGGUCAUGGUUGAGCACUACCCAUACGGUUACCUCAAUGCUAAGUGGGACUUCAGCAACAACACAGAGGGCUCCAUCUGCUGGUUUAUGGGGUUGAUUGCCGGUAGCCGGAUGAAAACAAGUUUCAGUUAUUACUAUUUUUUCUCCUACUGUGUGCCAUGGACACAAGGGAAAAAUAAGAGUGAAGUCCCAUGGCAAAUCGUAUUGAAUCUGAUACUGCAAAGGAAAAACAAAAGAAAGCAGACUCAUCAGAUGAAGGAAACGCCAUCUGUGGAACUUCUACAUGAAGAAAGCAAAGAGAUGGGGACAACCUGCAGGGCAGUGUUGCCUAGUGGAUGGUUCCUCGCUGUGAAGAGAUUACUUGACACUCGCCUAUUUGAUGAGCAUUUCAUAACAAAAUUGAAGACACUAGGUAGAUUGAGGGAUGAGAAGCUCAAGCCCCUCCUCGGAUUCUUUAUACACUCAGAGGAAAAGCUUCUAGUCUACAAAUACAUGUCAAAAGGUAGUCUUUAUGAUUGGCUACAUCUUGAAGAAGGUGAGGCAAGAUUCAUGGAGUGGCCCUUGAGUGUUAAAAUUGCAAUUGGAGCAGCAACAGGCCUGGUUUGGGUCCAUCAAGGGUGCAAUUUUCAUGUUUUUCAUCUUGAUAUUAGCUCCAAGUGCAUCUUACUUGAUAAGAAUUUUGUUCCCAAGUUAUCAAACUUUGGAGAGGCAAUGCUCAUGAAACCACAUGGCACUGAUUCAACCAAAAGCUUCUCACUUAAUACUGAGUUUUGGGAAUCAAGCUUUGCUAAAGAGGAUGUCUAUUGCUUUGGAAUUUUGCUUCUUGAGCUGAUCACUAGAGAGGAUCCUAGAAGCAUAACAACAAACUCAAACACUAGCAAUGAGACACUCAACAAUUGGGUUACACAUCUCUCUGCAAGCUCUAAUUUCUAUAGCAUUGUCAAUAAAGCACUGAUGGGGCAAGGAUUUGAUCAGGAAAUCUUUCAGUUUCUGAAGGUUGCAUUGGAUUGGGAGGGGUUUGCGACGAACCCGUGCGGGUUCGUCUCGGAACCCAGGCGUUGGGUUCGUCUCGAAACCCAGGCGCUGGGUUCGUCUCGAAACCUAAGCGCGGGGUUGGCCGCGAACCCAGCUCCUGGGUUCGUCUCCGAACGGAAGAUGAGGGGAUUUUCGGUUUACGAAGAAAGAAAAUGAGGAAGAAUACGCUAGCCAUUCAGAUAUGUUAAGUGACCAAGUCUUUCUCUCAUUUCUUAUCGGCUUUUGUUUCUAAGUUUUGGGGAAUUUCUUGUAUUUAAACCUGAAGUGUUACAGCCCAUCUUGUGCUACAUCAAUAAGUACAUAUAUCUGUUUAUCUCAGCUGAGUGUUCACACAAAUACAAUCUCCUUCUGUCUCCCAGAAGCAUUCUCUUAUAUUUUCUAUCUUUCUGUGUGACUAAUAAAACUUACAGAUCUGCUAGCCGUUCAGAUCUAUUAAGUGACUAAGUCUUUCGCUCAUUUCUUAUCGGCUUUUGUUUCUAAGUUUUGGGGAAUUUCCUGUAUUUAAACCUGAAAUGUUACAGCCCAUCUUGUGCUACAUCAAUAAAUAGAUAUAUCUGUU